AUGGACUCCCCGUCGCAAUCCCGCUCUGGCUAUACCUCAGACCCAAUCUCCCUUGAAAGGCCCUCAAGCCUGAUAUCCCCAAUCUCCUCUGUGCAAAGCCAGCUAGUUAAACCAGAGAGCGACUCUGCUAAAAAAGCCAGCCGCCGCCUGCAUGAUGGCCCUGGCAAGUCAACUUCAACAACUGCAACGAGCACUGGCGUCAAGGUCAAUGAUAUCAACGCCGUCACCAAGGAGCUGACUCGCGGUGCUCCCACAGAUGGAGUCCCCAUUCAUGCCUUAAGCAAGUCUUCCAGCCACCAGGAGGUCGCGAAGAAGAGGAGUCAAUACUUCAAUGACGUGUUUACUGAUAGAGAGCCGUAUCAUACCCCGAGACAUCGCAUCAACCAGGACUCUAUCGUCGUUAUCGAGGUCAAGACGAAUACCAUUCUGCAAGAUGACUUUCAAAGCCUCUCAGAACUCUCCUUCAACCUCGCGCAAAUCUUCCAGCGCCCAGAAACCUCCAUUCUUCUCUACGUCGAGCACAACUGCUGCCUCAUGCUCGGCAGCAACUAUGAGCCAGCCUACCUGGCCACCGUCUCCGCGCUCCCCUACUCAGUCGCCCCUAUCAUGAAUCUACGCCACACCGUCCUAAUCCAAACCGCCAUCAACGACACCCUCGGCAUCCCCAGCAGCCGUGGCGUCAUCAAAUUCGAACCCAUGGCUGAAGAGAACUUUGCUACAAACGGCUCCACCAUCCGCGACGAGAUCGAGCAGCUGGAGCGCUCGUCCAAUGACGAACAUGGCAACAAUGGCAGUAUGUUCAAAAGCAUGUCGCGUACCAGAAGCCGCAAUCGCAAGGUCAAGUCGAACACCUCGUCGCAUGGGACGGCGAGCGUUGGGGGCGCGCAACAUACUGCUCCUACUCCCUCGUCGGUCCAGGUUGUGCAGUCCCCUCCACCUACCGGUGAGGAUAAUACUACCGUUGUUGACUCUUUCUCACCCGCCAAAAUGGGUCUCAGAGGGAGGGACAGGGUCAUUAAGAAAUGCCAGAGCGUCAAGCAGUUUUUUUUCCGAUGA